AGAUGUUAAAUUGUAUUUAUUUGAGAAAAGUCAUGGUGAACAUGGUGCAGAUACAUGAUGUUGUGAGAUACAGACUGCACCGAAUGAAGAAGAAGUUAAAAGAUGAAUUGGAUAAUAGGAACACCGUUCAGGAGUACAUAUGCCCUGAUUGUGGGAGAAGAUAUAAUGCUUUGGAUGCACUACGACUGAUUUCCCCAAAUGAUGAAUAUUUUCAUUGUGAAAAAUGCGACAGUGAACUUGUUGCUGAAAGUGACAAGUUAGCUGCUGAAGAAAUGGGAGAUGGAGAUGACAAUGCACGGAGGAGGAGGCGUGAAAAAUUGAAGGAUAUGCUUCAAAAAAUGGAGGUACAGUUAAAGCCAUUGAUGGAACAACUUGCCAGAGUGAAGGAUUUAGCUGUGCCUGAAUUUGGCGGUCUCCAAGCUUGGGAAGCUAGAGCUAGUGCUGCUGCCCGUGCAAAUGGUGAUGCUGCUGCUAAUGAUUCUUCUAAAGCUUCUCAGGGGCAAGGAUAUGGUGGAACGCCAAUGCCGUUUCUUGGAGAGACAAGGGUUGAAGUUGCACUCUCUGGUGCUGAAGUCAAGGAAGAGGAUACCAAAGCUGAUGCUGGAACUAAUUCUAUGAAAGUUGUGCCUCCUUGGAUGAUCAAGCAAGGCAUGAAUCUUACAAAAGAGCAGCGUGGAGAAGUCAAGCAAGAUUCGAAAAUUGGCACUAGUUCAGCACCCAUGUCUGAUGACAAGAAGUCCAAAGUUAAUGGAAAAGAGGAAAAAGAGGAUGAAAAGAUAAUACAGGAUGAGUAUGUUAAAGCUUAUUAUGCCGCUUUUCUAAAGCGGCAACAAGAACAAGAAGAAGCUGCCAAGAGGCAAGAACUGGAAAACAAAAGUAAUGCCUCUAAUGAUGUCAUUGAUAUACCUAAUGAUCGUCAAGUUGGCCUGAAAUCAAAACGUGAUGUGUAUGAGAGGGAAGAUGGUGUUGAAUGGGAAGAGGCUUCAACUGCAGGCAACGCCAAUGAAACUAACAUACUUAACGACUUAAAUGUUCAAGCUGAAGCAUCUGGAGAUGAUGAGGAUGAGAUAGACUGGGAGGAAGGGUGAUGGCAAUAUUUUAUGGCCUUACAUGAGGUUGGCCCUGAAGAAAUCUGUUGGAGAGGGCAUGUCUUCCCUCAGCAUGUGGUUCAAAUAUCUAUAUUUUGGUGCAUCAACUUUAACACUCAAAAAAUUUAUGCUGUGGCGUGUUUGGUUUGCAAUAUAUUCUCUCCCAGUGCGCAGCUGGUGUAGCAUAGAACAUUUGGGAACCAAAACAGGCAAUACAUCUUUGAAUGGUGUUGGUUUGUCUUUUGCUUGUAUUGAGUAGUUGCUUCUAUUGCUGUUAGGGAAAUAUUCUGAAAGCAUCUCCAUUACAAAAUAAUUCUAGUGCAGAAACAAUAAGAAGAGUCAUUUAGCCAAGUGCUCUUGUAAUGAAAUUUUCCUUUAAUUGGUGACAUGGGCCAUCCCAUCCUUGUUCUC